UCUAAAAUCAAUAUGGAGGGAAGCGCUGCUAAUGAAGAAGAGUCUGGUCAGGUGCGAAUUCUGAACGUGGAACAUGAUGCAGAGGAUGUUGACCUGACUCAUGCAAAAAUUGAAAAACUAGAAAACCUUGAGAGACUGACUUGUGUUAAGUCUCUUUGUUUAAGAAGAAAUAAAAUCACAAAGAUUGAAGGACUAAGCACAUUGACAACCCUGGAGGAGCUGGACUUGUAUGAUAAUCAGAUUACACAGAUAGAGGGACUGGACAACCUCACCAACCUCACGAGUUUGGAUUUGUCCUUCAACUUGAUCAAAACAAUUGAAAACCUGGGAUCUUUAGUGAAAGUCAUUAAGUUGUUUCUGGUUUCAAACAAGAUCUC